CUACGUCAGUGUACAUCACGGGGGCACACAAGCGCCUCGCUUCAGCUACUCGGGGUGACUCCCUGCGCGAAUACAAAAAAAAAAAGAGAAAAAUUUAAGCCAACCCCGGUCUCCCCCACCCCCUAGAAAGCGGCGACAGAAGCACCCGAAAAAGGAUUUUGGUGUCCUGCAGCAGCAGUGCAGUGGAGCAGGGAGCUGUCCGCGGUGCUGAACUCACCAGCAAACAGAAAAUCCUCCCCCUCCCCCCACGGUGUACACUCAUGUGCUUGGGCAACUCCUGAUAGCUCCCAUUCCUAGCAGCAACUGACCACCACCUCCGCAUCCAAGAUGGACGACGACGGGCGCUACAGGGACGGGCGCUCAGACUUUGUCCGCGGCGCCAAGGACAUCGCCAAAGUGGCCAAGAAACAGGUGGGCAAGAAGAUGGGACGCGGUGCGGACAAAGUGGCCGACGAGUACACCAAGCGCUCCUACAAACGUUUUGAGGAGGAGGACGACGACGAAGACUACGGCGGCACGCCAAGCAGCAACGACGCCGGGUAUUACCGCAACGACAGCCGGGCCAACGACGACGAAGGUCACAGCGACUCCACCGAAGGACACGACGAGGACGACGAGAUCUACGAGGGGGAGUACCAGGGCAUCCCGAGGGCCGACUCGGGCAAGGCCGGCGGAUUGGACGGGGCGGCGGACGCCCAGGCUCAGCAGUUCAGGGAUCUGUCGGCCUACGAGGCCGAGCGGAGGAAAGACCAGGAUGAGCUGGCCCAGCAGUACGAGACCAUCCUGCAGGAGUGCGGCCACGGCAAGUUCCAGUGGACGCUCUACUUCGUCCUGGGGCUGGCGCUGAUGGCGGACGGCGUGGAGAUCUUUGUGGUCGGCUUCGUGCUGCCCAGCGCCGAGAAGGACAUGUGUCUGUCCGAGCCCAACAAGGGCAUGCUGGGCCUGAUCGUGUACCUGGGGAUGAUGGUCGGGGCCUUCGUGUGGGGCGGCCUGGCCGACCGGAUCGGCCGACGUCAGACCCUCCUCAUCUCCCUCUCCAUCAACAGCGUGUUCGCCUUCUUCUCGUCCUUCGUCCAGGGCUACGUCUCCUUCCUCUUCUGCCGCCUGGCCUCCGGCGUGGGCAUCGGCGGCUCCAUCCCCAUCGUGUUUUCCUAUUACUCUGAGUUCCUGGCCCAGGAGAAGCGAGGAGAGCAUCUCAGCUGGCUCUGCAUGUUCUGGAUGAUCGGUGGUAUCUACGCCUCCGCCAUGGCCUGGGCCAUCAUCCCUCACUACGGCUGGAGUUUCCAGAUGGGCUCGGCCUACCAAUUCCACAGCUGGCGUGUCUUUGUGUUGGUGUGUGCUUUACCCUCUGUGGCGGCCAUCUCCGCCCUCACCACCAUGCCGGAGAGCCCUCGCUUCUACCUGGAGAACGGAAAGCAUGACGAGGCGUGGAUGAUUCUGAAGCAGGUCCAUGACACCAACAUGAGGGCCAAGGGCUACCCAGAGAGGGUCUUCUCUGUGACCACCAUCAAAACAGUGAAGCAGAUGGAUGACCUCGUGACCCUGGGCGACGGCGCCGCCUGGCAUCAGAAGUGGAAGAUCAAGCUCACUACACUUUUCCAUCAGGUGUGGCAUAAUUUCCAAGCUGUUUUCUCCCCCGAAUACCGCCGCACCACCUACAUGAUGAUGGCCGUGUGGUUCUCCAUGUCCUUCAGCUACUACGGUCUGACGGUCUGGUUCCCCGACAUGAUCAAGUACCUGCAGAAGCAGGAGUACGCUUCGCGCACCAAGUUUUUUGCCAAGGAGAAAGUCGAACACGUCACCUUUAACUUCACCCUGGAGAACCAGGUCCACCGGCAGGGAGAGUACUUCAACGACAAGUUUAUGAACCUGAAAAUGAGAUCCAUGGUGUUUGAGGACUCGCUGUUUGAGGAGUGUUACUUUGAAGACAUCACCUCCAGCAACACCUUCUUCAAGAACUGCACCUUCAUCGCCACCCUCUUCUACAACACCGAUCUCUUCAAGUACAGGUUGGUCAACAGCAAACUCAUCAACAGCACUUUCCUGCACAACAAAGAAGGCUGCCUGCUCAGUGACGUCAGUGACGAGAACAACGCCUACAUGGUCUACUUCGUCAGUUUCCUGGGCACCUUGGCCGUGUUGCCCGGCAACAUUGUCUCCGCGCUGCUCAUGGACAAGAUUGGACGUCUGAGGAUGCUAGCGGGCUCCAGUGUCAUCUCUUGCGUCAGCUGUUUCUUCCUGUCCUUCGGCAACAGCGAGUCGGCCAUGAUUGCUCUGCUCUGCCUGUUCGGGGGAAUCAGCAUCGCUUCCUGGAACGCUCUGGACGUGCUGACCGUCGAGCUCUACCCCUCUGACAAGAGAACCACAGCGUUUGGCUUCCUCAACGCCCUCUGUAAACUAGCCGCCGUUUUAGGCAUAAGCAUCUUCACCUCCUUCGUCGGCAUCACCAAGGCCGUGCCCAUCCUCUUCGCCUCGGGGGCGCUGGCGGCCGGCAGCUUUCUGGCCCUCAAACUACCUGAGACGCGAGGUCAGGUGCUGAAAUAG